AUGGCGUUGAGCGCGAUGACAUUAUUCGAAUCAGACUUCAAAGAGGAGUUCAGGGACAUCAAAUCAAGGUUGCAAGCCUUGGAUAACGAUCGCUUCGAAUUGGCUAGUGUGGCAGGGUGUAAUGGCUCCGAAUGGUAUGGAACAGAGGCCGAUUUUGCAAUGAAACGUUUUCUCGAGUAUACCGAGUUACUUCGUGACUCACCUCCAGCAUCGUUUCCUGGAUCACCGAUUCAACCUCCGCCUGAAGACUGCAAUGGAGUUAAUACACAACAAGGGAUACCGGAUACAGCGUCACCAUGUCAACUCAGUGACACUAACAGCACAAUGUUGUUGACUGGGAAGCAACUCCCUAAAUUCCAUGGUGCCGCAGCGAUGUUCAUGUUUCCAGCUUUUUUUCCAGAGCCAGGAAAUCUUGAGAACGAACGACCUGGUACGAAGACGCUAGAUCCGGCCAUGAAUCAAGAUACCGAGGUAGAUCAACCGUCUAUGGACGAUGCUCUUUCACCCAAAAGUUCUCCUGAAUUCAUAUAUGUCAAGGCCAAGCCCCAAACACCUAGAGCCUCUGCUGAUCCGAUAACACCCGGAUUGAAAGACAUCUAUAGCAAAAGUGGGUUUGAUGCUGUCAAAGUGCUUUGGCUGAUUGCGAUUCGGAGGAAUCCCCAGUUCAAUAUCGGCGCCAUCGACAUAUCAUGUUCCUUUGUCGCCUGUGACAUUACGCUUGAAGACUGCCCAAUAGUCUAUAUCUCUGACAGCUUCCAGACUGUCACGGUAUAUAGUCGACACGCAGGUCUUGGUAGAAACUGUCGGUUCUUACAAGCGCCAGACGGCAAAGUUGAAAGAGGUUCGCCUAGGCUAUUUGGGAGUAAUGGUACUGUAUACACCCUCAAGAAAAGUGUACAGGAGAGACGAAAAACCCAGAUAAACAUGAUCAACUUCUGCAAAGGAGGCGAGCCAUUCUUAAACUACCUCAGUAUUAUCCCUAUACCCUGGGAUACAGACGAGAUUCGGUAUUACGUUGGCUUUCAGAUAGACCUGAUCGAAUUGCCCAGUGUCAUGGUGCCAAGGGAUUAUGGUCCCGGUCAUCCUGAUCGUGCUUAUAAUGCUAGCGCGAUUUGCAUUAUUUAA